GGAUACUAGUUAACAAAAGAGCAGAACCGAGUGAGAGAGGAGAUCGAAAGAGAGGCAAAGAAAUAGGAGGAAGAGAGAGAGAGAGAGAGAGAGAGAGAGAGCGAGAGAGAUAGAAAAAGAAGAGACUUUUCCCUCUUACAAUACAAAACACACACACACACAGCCGACAGAACCAAGGAUCUAGCUAGCUAGCUAGCUAGCUGUUCAUUUCGUUUGAGGUUGGACGAUGGAAACUGGAGGGAACUCCCUUCCAUCAGGGUCAGAUGGUGUGAAGAGAAAGAUUUCAUAUUUCUAUGAUCCAGAGGUUGGAAACUAUUAUUAUGGGCAGGGCCACCCAAUGAAACCACAUAGGAUUCGUAUGACACAUGCUCUUUUAGCCCACUAUGGAUUACUUCAACACAUGCAGGUCGUGAAACCUACCGCCGCUAAAGACAGAGACCUCUGCAAGUUCCACGCCGAUGACUAUGUGGCUUUUUUGAGGGGCAUCACCCCUGAAACACAGCAAGAUCAGUUGAGACAGUUGAAGAGGUUUAAUGUUGGCGAAGACUGCCCUGUGUUUGACGGUCUUUACUCUUUUUGUCAGACAUAUGCAGGAGGUUCUGUUGGCGGUGCUCUAAAAUUGAACCAUGGAGUAUGUGAUAUUGCAAUAAAUUGGGCUGGUGGGCUACAUCACGCCAAAAAGUGCGAGGCUUCUGGGUUUUGCUAUGUAAAUGACAUUGUGCUGGCUAUUUUGGAACUUCUCAAGAUACACGAGCGUGUUCUAUAUGUGGACAUUGAUAUCCACCAUGGUGAUGGUGUAGAGGAGGCCUUUUACACAACUGAUAGGGUCAUGACAGUUUCAUUUCAUAAGUUUGGGGAUUACUUUCCUGGAACAGGAGAUGUUCGUGAUAUUGGAUAUGGUAAAGGGAAAUAUUAUUCACUGAAUGUUCCCUUGGAUGAUGGAAUUGAUGAUGAGAGCUACCAUUCAUUGUUUAAGCCAAUAAUGGGAAAGGUGAUGGAGAUUUUUAGACCUGGUGCUGUGGUAUUGCAAUGUGGUGCUGACUCUUUAUCUGGAGACAGGUUAGGUUGUUUCAAUCUUUCAAUCAAAGGUCAUGCAGAGUGUGUCAAAUAUAUGAGAUCCUUUAAUGUUCCUCUUCUGUUGCUCGGUGGAGGUGGCUAUACUAUAAGAAAUGUGGCACGAUGUUGGUGUUAUGAGACAGGUGUAGCUCUCGGGAUUGAACUAGAUGAUAAUAUGCCCCAGCAUGAGUAUUAUGAAUAUUUUGGUCCUGACUAUGCUCUUCACGUUGCUCCUAGUAACAUGGAAAACAAGAACUCCCGACCUUUAUUGGAUGAUAUAAGAACAAAACUUCUUGACAAUUUAUCUAGGCUUCAACAUGCGCCAAGUGUCCCAUUCCAAGAGCGACCACCAAAUACUGAGCUUCAAGAGAGAGAUGAGGAUGAAGAUGAUAGAGAUGAAAGAUGGGAUCCUGAUUUUGACAUGGAUGUUGAUAGCAAUUCUCUUGCACGAAGGGUGAAAGGUGAAUAUGCUGAAGCUGAGCAUAAACAUACAGAAAGCCAUCACAAUCAUGUAGACAGUAGAAGAGAUAUUGCUACGACUUUCAAGGAGAUUGCAUGCUCCAAGGUGUCAGGGUCUGGGGCAGAUUCAAUGGCAUUGGAUGAACCAUUCAUCAAAGAAGAGCAAGGGAACUUAAUCGAGCUUUCUGAUCACAAGUCAAGAUGAAGCAACAAUGAGCACGGGUCAGCCCCCACCCCGACAACUGGUGUCUGUCGACCUGUAAAUUAUAGUUUCCUCUUACAGCUGUCUGGCAUUCAUUGAUGUUUACUGUCAAAAUUUUGCUUCAUCUGGAAACUGAAGAGAUAUAGGGCAAACUUGCUUUUGAUGCCAUUAUGACUGUAAUAUUAAGCUGGGUUAGCACUAAUGGCGACAAUUAUUUUUCUUCCUUUUUUUUUUUGGGUAUUGUUGUGCUAUAAGACAAUUAAAUUAUCUCGUAAAAGUGAGUAGCUCUUUGUUGGAUCCUUCGGAUGAAGAAGGUAAAAUCAGUGAUCUUGUGUUUCUUGUGAAAAUAUGAAACAAGCAUGUUCUUUGGUUAUUAUGCACUCUGACCAUUAGCACCAA